AACUACAUACGACUCAUGUUGAGUUCGACUUGUUUCUACUUUGGUCUUCCUUCCCUUCAAUCCCACCUAAAUUCCAAACUCAAAUCACAGAUGAGGAAGUUGUCGGCGGCGGCGGUGGUGGCGGCCGUUCUGGUGGUUCUGACGACGAACAUGGGUGUUGUGUUGGGGAUCAGGUUUGUUAUCGAUAGGGAAGAAUGUUUCUCGCAUAAAGCGGAGUAUGGGUCCACUGUCAGAUAUUCGUUUGUUGUUAUUAAGGUUGAAGGUGCCUGGCAUUAUAAUGAAGAUGGUGUUGAUCUUGUGGUAAUUAUUCUUUUUCUUUUCAUAUGAUUUCAGUUUGAAACC